CAGCUCGAAAGUCAACAAGCAACACCACCAACUACAAUGAGUCGUCUGGCUGGGUUUAUAGAGCCAGAUAAAAGUCAACAGAGAUCAUCUCUCUCUCUCUCUCUCUCUCUCUCUCUAGAUCGCAAUGGCGGGUCCUGUGGGUCGCCGAGACAAGAACACAGCUCAAUCGGGACGCGGAUCACGAAUCGCCGUUGCAAUUGUCAUCGGAAUAUUAUUCGGAGGCAUCUUUGCGUUUCUGUACCCUCAUGGUUUUUUCUCUUCCACUCAAGCUUCAAACUUUCAAGGUCGCCGUCUCGCCAAAUCGAUUCUUCAGAUUGGAUCCACUACAUGCGAAUCCUCAGAGCGAGUUAACAUGUUGAGAUCAGAUCUUGCGGAUUUAUCAAGUAAGAAUGAUGAGUUAAAGAAACAAGUUAGAGAUUUAACCAACAAGUUAAUGGCAGCUGAACAGAAAAACGGUAAUGCUGAGAAACAAGUCGUAGUGGUAGGCGAACAACAAAAGGCCGGGCCUUUUGGAACCGUAAAGGGUAUAAGAACCAACCCUAUAGUCCUGCCAGAUGACACCGUUAACCCAAGACUGUCAAAGAUAUUAAAAAAGAUCGCUGUUAAAAACGAGCUUAUAGUCGCACUCGCAAAUUCUAACGUUAAAGAAAUGUUAGAGGUAUGGUUCACUAGCAUUAAGAAAGUAGGCAUACCUAAUUAUCUAGUUGUGGCAUUAGACAAUGGGAUUGCUGAUUUUUGUAAAGAAAAUGAUGUACCUUUUUACACUAGAGAUCCGGAUGAGGAUAUUGAUUCGAUUGCCAAAUCAGGAGGGAAUCACGCGGUUUCAGGAUUGAAGUUCAGAAUCUUGCGGGAGUUUUUACAGUUGGGUUACGGUGUUCUUUUGUCAGAUGUUGAUAUUGUGUACCUACAAAACCCGUUUGAUCAUAUAUAUCGCGAUUCAGAUGUGGAAUCUAUGUCUGAUGGGCAUGAUAACAUGACUGCUUAUGGUUAUAAUGAUGUAUCGGAUGAUCCAUCUAUGGGGUGGGCUAGAUAUGCUCAUACCAUGCGAAUAUGGGUUUAUAAUUCUGGGUUCUUUUACUUGCGCCCUACCGUACCUGCAAUUGAGCUAUUAGACCGUGUGGCUGACAGGUUAUCCCACCCGCCACCUGCUUGGGAUCAAGCGGUUUUCAAUGAAGAGCUUUUCUUUCCUUCUCAUCCUGGUUAUAUCGGACUUCAUGCUUCAAAGAGAACGAUGGAUCGUUAUAUGUUUAUGAACAGUAAGACUCUUUUCAAACAGGUGAGAAAAGAUGGUGAUUUGAAGAAGUUAAAGCCUGUGAUUGUUCAUUUGAAUUACCAUCCAGAUAAAUUACCCAGAAUGAAAGCAGUCAUGGAGUUUUAUUUCGACGGGAAGCAAGAUGCGUUGGAACCGUUUCCUGAUGGUUCGGAUUGGUAACAUUUACGGUGUACUUGAUCUUGUAUUAUCAUCUAAAUCUAAUUUUCUUUACUUUCUGUCACGUAUGUAACUAUACAGUUACUUUCAUCUUCUUGUUAAAUGCUUUUUCUGAAUGACAUCUGUGUUUGAUAUUAUUAUUUGAACAAUUAUUUGAA